AUGGCAGCGAAAGACGACCCACAGCUGCUAAUAAGCGCAUACAUUGGUGAUACAACACGAACCUACGAUGUCGCCCGGGAGGCGUUCGAGAAAGGCGUCGAAUACUUCAAGAAAGAAGUGACCAACGACAAGGUCAAGAAGGACUGGAUCGACAAACAGACGUCCCUCCAAGAUGUCCUCAACGUGGCCGAAAACGCUCACCGCGACUACCAAGCCUCACACUCUCAAGGCGGGCCCAUUUCGACAUGGGUUUCGCGGCUACCGCAUCAGAUUAUGUAUUAUGGCUCCGUGAUCGACGUCUUCACACAGUCGCAUCCAGAGUACGCCGCUCUCGCAUGGGGAGCCAUAAAGUUCGUUCUCAUGGGUGCUAUUGAUCAUGCACGCCUGUUCGCAAAGAUUGCGGAAGCGCUGACGCUUGUCGGCGAAUCGCUGCAGCGGGUGACGGUGUACUCGAAACUCUAUUCCCCGGCGGAGAUUCUACCAACUAUUGCCAGACUUUACGGCCAUGUCAUCCUAUUCUUGAUGAAGGCGGUGAAGUGGUAUAAGAAAAGCAGCUGGUGGAGAGCUUUGAAGUCAGUGUCAGAGCCCUAUGAUAUUGGCUAUAAGGAAACCGUCGACCAGAUCAAGGCCUGUACGGCAUCACUCGAUACGGUCGCAGACUCAGCCGCCAAAGUCGAACUCCGUGGUGUGACAUUGAUGCAGACGCAAAGCGUUACGAGUCUGAAUGCUGUCGACAGCAAACUAGAAUGGUUGCACGGUGCCUUCGCCAAGUCUGUCUCUCAGUUGGCAUUGGUUGAAGGCAAAAUUGAUAGCCUGUUCUGCGUCGCAAGCAGCACCCACGCACUGAGCCAUCAAAUCUCCGGCGACGUGCUUGAUAACAAGGAAAGACUGCGGGACUUACAGUUCGCUGAAAUACUCAACGAGUUGGGUGUUGGUGAAGAUGCAAUCCGGCGACUAGAUCAAUGUCGAGCUAUCUACAAGCGACGACAACCCUGGAAACACGCAGGUCAGGAGUCACUCAAUCUUGUCAAUGUUAUACGGAGUUGGGCAGCUAGCAACGGUUCUGCUUUGCUGGUAGUUCAAGGCAGUCCAUUGACGGAAGCAAAACUCAAGGACCUGGCUGUCAGCGUCGUCGACUAUGGUCGGGCGGCGGGUGCCAGCACCAUCUGGGCGUUAUCUGAGAGUAAGAAGUCCCGACCACAAUCGACCGAUCGAACAGGACUCUGGAAGACGCUGAUAGCGCAAGCACUUCGACAUGACCCGACGAUGCCAAACCAGAAUGACUUGAAGUUAAGCGCAUCACAGUUCAAACUUCACCACCAUGAGAGCGAGUGGCGGACUCUGUUCUCUCAGGUCGUUUCGAAGCUGUCGAAAUGUGUUGUCGUGGUUGAAGCGAGCGACGUGUUUAAGGACUUUAACUACGAUCCUGCCCGAGUCUGCGAUUUCAUUUCCAUGUUUCAACUCGCUGCGGAUGAGGUGGCGUCUCGGGGAGGUGUGGUCAAAAUCCUCAUCGCGAGCUAUUGUUCGGAUCGAUCAGCACUGGCGGAUCUCUCAGCCUCGGGUCGCGUAUUCACGGCAUUCGUUGCCCGCCCUAAACCCAUCAACAAAAAGGCAACAAAGCGGGCUCGUGCCGUUGACCGAAAAGCGAGACGGAGCGUCGUAUUCAAAUAG